AUGGCUUCUUAUGAGUACAACGAAAGCAAUCAAAGAGUCCUCUUUGGACAAGACAGCCUUUCCAAGCUCCCCUCCGAGCUCUCCAAACUUGGCUGUUCCAAACCACUCAUCCUCACAACGCCCAGCAAGGCAUCCUACGUGGACGAUGUCGCCAAACUUUUGAGUGGCCAGAUCGCUGGCUCAUUCACGCGAGUCACAAUGCACACGCCCAAAGAGGUCACUGAAGAGGCCUUGAAGCACUCCACAUCUGUCGAUGCCGACUGUUUUGUGUCCAUUGGCGGUGGCAGUGCUGUCGGUCUCGGUAAAGCAUUGUUUGUUCGGACCGGGUUGCCUCAUAUCUGUAUUCCGACUACAUACGCAGGCAGUGAAAUGACGCCGAUCGUGGGCCAGACGGAAAAUAGGGUAAAAGUCACUCACGUUGAUCGCAAGGCAAUACCCGCAGUAGUCAUCUACGAUGUCAAGUUGACGUUGACACUGCCCACAAACAUAAGUGCAACGAGUGGCCUCAAUGCCAUGGCCCACGCUGUCGAGGCAUUAUAUGCUCCAGAUGCGAACCCGAUUACUAGCACGUUCGCCAUCAAAGGCAUACAGACCUUGGCUACAUCGCUGCCCCAAAUAAUGCAAAAUCCCAACGAUAUCACCGCUCGCUCAGAUGCCUUGCUUGGUGCUUGGCUUUGCGGCAAAUGCCUUGCCGGAGCCAGUGUAUCAUUGCAUCACAAACUCUGUCAUGUCCUUGGAGGCACUUUUAAUCUGCCUCACGCCGAAACGCAUGCCAUUAUUUUACCUCAUGCGCUCGCAUAUCUAGCCCCCAGUAUCCCCGGUGUUAUGAAAGAAUUGGCAGAAAACAUCCCGGAUAGCGAUGGGGAUGCUGUCAAUGGCCUGAACAAACUGUCAUCUAAGCUGGGGAUUACUUAUGGCCUCAAGGAUCUUGGAUUGAAAGCAGAAGAUAUUGAAUUGGCAAUCGAAACGCUGCUACGAAAGCCAUUCUGGAGCCCUAGACCGAUUGAGAGAGACACAGUCAGAGAGCUGUUGAAGCGAGCAUGGGAUGGAAAGCCGGCGCAGAUUGCAGAAUGA